AACCCCCCGACCUGGCCGGUAGGUUACAGAACAAAGGUAAAAGAACACAAGUUUUGGCGAUGGAGGCGAGACUCUGUGCAUCUUUGGGUCUCCCUUCUCCUGACCCAAAUCACCAUCCGGCAAUCGACACCGACUUCACAUCUCUUUUCACCCAUUUCACCACUCUCACAUCAUCCACCCAAAACCCUCAAAAACCCCUCAAACCUUCCCGAAAUCCCCUCUCCUUUGCCUCAGCCUCCAUUUCAGCAGAUGCCCAAUCAAAAUGGCUCAAACCCAAUCCCCCAAAACCCACCGAACUUGAAAUUCCUCACCCUUUUGCCAGUUUAACUGAACCCCAACAACAAGAACCGCCUAAAUUUCCCAAAUGGCUAAAACCCACAUCCAGAAACAGCCCCAAAGUCCGAACCCUCAUGCAAAACUUAUCCGUCUUCGAAAGAGCUCUUAUUGGUGCAGCUGGUGGUGGAAUUGCUGGUGCAUUUACUUACGUGUGCCUUCACCCACUCGAUACCAUCAAAACCAAAAUGCAGACCAGGGGUGCUUCCGAGAUAUAUGCCAACACAUUCGAUGCAAUAGUCAAAACUUUCCAGACUAAGGGUAUUCUAGGAUUUUACAGAGGAGUUUCAGCUGUUAUUGUAGGGUCCACGGCUUCUUCAGCUGUUUAUUUUGGGACAUGUGAGUUUGGGAAGUCCAUUUUGUCUAAAUUGGAUUAUCCAGCUUUGCUUAUUCCUCCAACUGCUGGUGCUAUGGGAAACAUUGUUUCAUCAGCUAUAAUGGUACCUAAAGAAUUGAUCACUCAAAGAAUGCAAGCUGGUGCUAAAGGAAGAUCAUGGGAAGUCUUGUUAAGAAUUUUAGAAAAAGAUGGGAUUUUGGGUCUUUAUGCCGGUUACUCAGCUACUUUGUUAAGGAAUUUGCCUGCUGGGGUGUUAAGUUAUUCCUCUUUUGAGUACUUAAAAGCUGCGGUUUUGAGUAGAACAAAGCAGGCUAAUUUGGAGCCAAUUCAGAGUGUUUUUUGCGGUGCUUUGGCUGGUGCAAUUUCAGCUUCUUUGACAACUCCACUUGAUGUGGUGAAAACAAGGUUGAUGACUCAGGUUCAUGGGAACAAAGCUGUUGCUGCUAUGUAUAGUGGGGUUAAUGCGACGCUAAAACAGAUUCUGAAGGAUGAAGGUUGGAUUGGUUUGACUAGGGGAAUAGGGCCUAGAGUUGUUCAUAGUGCUUGUUUUUCUGCUUUGGGGUAUUUUGCAUUUGAGACUGCUAGGCUUACAAUUUUGCAUCAGUAUCUAAAACACAAGGAGAAGGAGUUGUCUAAGAUCAAUGUUGCGCCGGCUUGAUUUACAGUAUGUUGGUGAUAAUCAUUUUCUCUAUUUUGUUAAAUUUGUUUCCAUUGAGAGUAGUUCAAACAGACUGAUUUCUGCCAUUACACUAUCAUACAUUUGGUAUACACAGGUUAUUUCUUGGUUAA